GGUUCCGUUCUGUCCUCGUGAGCUGUUGUGAUACAUAUUGGCUAUUAUACAUGUUUUUCUCAUUAUUUUAAUUUUUUAAAUUUUAACAUCUAGUUGAAUUUGCACAACUGUGACUUUAGUAUUAAGCUUUGUUAGAUUUGUUCAAGUGGCUGCCGCCAUGUCUUAAUUAUAGUUUAGUAAUUAGUAUUAAGUAUUAUUGUUACUUCUUCAUCAAGAGUAUAAAAUGAAUUCAUUUCCACCUAGGACUGCCACCUUAUUAUAUGAACUAGAUAAGAAAUUAAUGGUGCUUUUACGUGACGGUAGAACAUUAAUUGGAUACCUGAGGAGUGUUGAUCAAUACGCUAAUUUAUUGCUACAACAAACCAUUGAACGCAUUCAUGUGGGUAAAAAAUUUGGCGAUAUACCCAGAGGUGUAUUUUUAGUUAGAGGAGAAAACGUGGUUCUUCUUGGAGAAAUUGAUUCUUUAAAAGAGGCUGAUCAAAUGUUUGAAAAGGUGUCUAUAGAAGAGAUUUUAGCAUUGCAGCAACAAGAACAGGAUGCUAAAGCAGAAAAAGCUAAAUCGAUUGAACGAUCCUUGAAAAGACGAGGUAUGCCAUUGCCACCAGAUCUAGUUCAAGAUGAUUAUUUUUAAAUAUAAAUCAAUAUAUUAAUUUUCAACAUGUAUAAGUAUACUUGUUAUAAUUAUUUGAUGUCAUGACUUUUACAAGUUAAUGCAAUCAAAUUACUUUACAUUAUGUACACAAAAAUUGAUAUUUUAAAUUUAAAAAAAAAAUGAUGUAGCCUAUUAUUCUUAAUUUUGAUAAAUUACUCUAUUUAUGAUUUAUUUGUUUUAUUUAUUCAAGCAAAAAAUAAAAGGGUUUUAGUUUUAA